AUGAGCAGCUACACGUUUACAUAUCCAGCGAAGGAAGGCAUUGAGGACGUUGUUGUCACGGGGACCUUUGACAAUUGGUCGCAGAGCCUUCCAAUGAUCAAGCGAGGCAAGCAAUGGGAAAUCGAGGUGCCAUUAUCACCAAAGGACGGAAAGAUUGAGUUCAAGUUCAUUCUCAACAAUGGCGAGUGGGUCAUCAGCGACGAGUACUGGACGGUGGUGGACGAUAGCGGGAAUGUGAACAACUAUAUCGAGUUGAACAGGGAGACCAACUCCUGGGACGGUAAUAAGGGCGGCAAGACCACCAAGACCACCAAGACCGAGGGGGUCAACAGCGCCUAUAUCCCCGAAAGCGGUGGCCUCUCAGCGAAGAUCCAGAGUAAGGAGACUGAUAACAAUGCCUCAGCGACGGUGAUGCCAAGUACCGAAGGCAUCCAAAGUACGCCAUUGGGGGAGCCAGGUAUAGUUGUUCCCGACACCAAGGACCCUUCUGUGAAUGCGGCGUUUACCGAGGUGAGCAAUGUGGAUGCCAAGGCGUUGAAUGCGGAAAUGAAGGCCAAGGAGAAGAGCAAGAGCCAGAGCAAGAGCCAGAGCCAGAAUUCAGAUCCAGAGAAAGUCAAGUAUGUCAAGAAGGUCAAGAAGAGCACCUCCCCAUCGCCCCGUUCCCCAACAGAGGAGACUCCGUCGACGGGCACGGCCAAGAAACAGGGUCUCUUCUCGAGAAUGAAGAACAAGCUCAAGUAA